UAAUGCAAAUAAUGCAUUAUUACGGAUUAAUGGUUAUAUUUCUGGCUGGCUUCUGCCUGGCCGAGGAGAUCCUGGAGCUAAGCUGCUCCACCGAUGCCCAGUGCCUCCAGUUUGAGCGCGGACGAUGCCUCAAUGCGACCUGCACCUGUACAGCACGUGACUCGGGUCAGCGCGUGGACUGCAAGCCCAUGGAACAGAAGGUCACAAAUAUCAUUGGCGGCCACUGUCCCUGCCAUCAGGACCAUGCCGAGUGCAACAAGAAGUUGGAGCAGUGCUCCUGCUCCUCCGGAUUCGUUCCGAGCGAGGACAAACGACGCUGCCUCGCGGAGGUGGUGCGACUGGACGAACGCUGCGAAUUCCAUCGCCAGUGCCAGUUGGCGGACAAAUUCAGUUCCUGCCACCUAUCGCAAAAUCGCUGCCUGUGUCGAUCAAACUUUGAGUCCCAUCAGGGACACUGUCUGGCCGUCCUGGAGUCCAGCUGCGUAAACGACACCGAUUGCGGCAGCUGCGGUGCCUUGCUCUGCCUGCCGCAGCUCAAGAAGUGCGGCUGUGCCGUCAACUAUGUCCACAACCGCAACAUGACCAAGUGCAUCACUGGAUCGGACUACGGCGAUGGCUGCGACAGCAGCACGGCCUGCCAGCUUAGCCUUGGUUCCGGUGGCCAGUGCCAGGAUCAUCGCUGCGCCUGUCGCUCCACCCACUAUCCCAGAAAGGUCCCCAACGCCAUCCCGAAAGAGGAGAAUGCAGUGGAUACAAACCAGCUGGAGCGGAUUAUCUGCGAGCCCAUAGUGCCGUUUGGUGCCUACUGUCGCACCAACAGCGACUGCCAAAUGCAUCCUCUGAUGGCAGGUGAAUCCCGACCCCUGCCUCCAACGUCCUCCAUGGAGUGCAAGUGGGGCGAGUGCCGCUGCAGUGCCUACCACAGUGUCCAGGACAACCAAUGCGUGCUGGAGAGUGGCGGAAGCAUCCCAACCCACCUCUGGAUUGGACUUUUGAUUCCGAUUUCAUUGAUUCUUUAUUAGAAAAUAGAAAAAAAGCUGUUCAACUUAUCAAAUACAUUGAUUUAUGCAGA